UAAAUAAAAAAGUCAACAUGUCUGAAGCAUUUGCACCUGACUCUAUAUCAGACCUUGAGAGUAGAUUAACAGACGUCUCCCCAUGCUGGAGAUCGAUAAAGUAUCGCGUUUUGCAGGUUCUACUCUGAUCCGGGAACGCAGCAUCAUCCUCCUCUUCAAUACUUCUCCAACUCUCCUCCUUACAUUCUGCGCAGCCACACCACACCAGCAGCGGCAGACAGUCACACGCCGCGCGUUUUGUUCAGGAGGCUCCGGCCAGUGACAUCUGAAAGAGAGAGGAGGAGGAGAAGGAGGAGGAGGAGAAGCCUCCUUGGCACCCAUCGCCUCUGUGGCAGUAAAGCUUUGACUGACCGACUGUCUGUCUAACGCUGGAUUCCACGCUCAUCUUUAUCCUUUCACGCUAUUUUCGCCGUCUGGCUCCGGAGGGACGACCAAUGGGUUUCUAGCGUUGCUGCUCCGCCUGCAUCCACCUCAGCAUCGGAUUUUUUCUCCUAUUUUUGCUUCAUCUCGCGUCUCCUUGACUGGCCGCACCGGGGACUGAUCCCAGCCAAUCUGGGCCGGGCCGUGGGGCUGAUCCGCGAGCCUUUGUAGCUGAAGUUGGCGCACGAGAUGAGCGCGUACCAACCCGGGAGCUGGGCUCUCUCCGGGUCUGAGUCAUGGCGGUGCUUGUGGUGGUGGGUUUUGGCAUGCGGGGUGGCUGUGGGCUCGGGAGAUCCUUGGAUGUCGGCGGAGGCAUGCCGGUCGUCUUGUUCUUGCAGCAGCACCAGGAUUUCCUGCGUGGACCCGGAGCCUGGGAUCAGCAGUUUCCCCUCCCUGCAGAGCGACGCGGAGAUGGAAAACAUCACCGACAUUUACAUCGCAAAUCAGAAUGGCUUCUCCUCCAUCAAUGACAAAGACCUGCACCACUACAAGAACCUCAGGAAUCUAACGGUAACCAACAGCAGACUAACAUACGUAUCAAAGCUGGCCUUUGAGAACAACCUCAAGCUGCAAUAUCUGAAUUUGAAAGAUAACAACCUCUCAUCUCUGUCCUGGAGGAUAUUCAAACACCUCAACAUCUCAUAUCUUAUUCUGUCAGGGAACCCUCUGCGCUGCUCCUGUGAGAACAUGUGGAUCAAGCUGUUGUUGGGGGAAGAGGCAGACACUCAGGAGCUGCGCUGCACUGAGGAUGGAGGAGCCCGGAAGAUGCUGUCAAGUCUGACGCUGCCUAACUGUGAGGUUCCCAUGGCGACGGUGAGCCCAUCCAAGACGAGCGUAAAAGAAGGGGAGAACUUGGAGCUGUCCUGCACAACUUCUGGAGUGCCUGCACCUGAGCUGAUUUGGAAGAUGUUACUGGCCAGCAACUAUGAGAUUGAGACGUCGGGACAGAUUUCGGUGUUGCGGCUGUCCAACCUGUCGUCCCUGGAUCACAACAGCAAGAUCAGCUGCAUAGCGGGGAACAUCGUCGGGGAGAAGGAGUCCUCUCUGCAGCUGGACAUUCUUUUUCCUCCUAAAAUCACAAAGUUAAGUGAUGCAAUUCCUGACCACCACUGGUGCAUCCCAUUUAGUGUCGCAGGAAACCCGGCGCCCCUCUUUCAGUGGUACCGAAAUGAAGAAGUGGUAACAGAGGAUGACUACAUCAUGACCAUGAUCCACGACGUCACAGAGAGAGAAUACCACGGCUGCCUGCAGCUCGACAACCCCACACACAUCAACAACGGACGAUACCGACUUGUGGUUACGAAUGAAUUCGGGAUGGACCAGAAAGAAGUGGACGCUCACUUCAUGAAACAACCUUGGGAUGGUCAGGAAGAUGUUGGGCCAGACUACUAUGAACAACCAUCAGACACCCCCACUGUGAAUCCACCAGAAGACAGAGUUGCUGUGUACGUAGUGGUGGGCAUCGCUGCCGUGGCCUUCACGGGUUUCCUGUUGAUGCUGGUCAUUCUCAAGUUUGGAGGAAACUCCAAAUUUGGCAUCAAAGGUCCAUCUUCAGUGAUCAGUAAUGAUGACGACUCUGCCUCUCCGCUGCAUCACGUCUCCAACGGUAGCAACACCCCCUCAUCCUCAGAGAUGGGCCCUGACGCAGUCAUCAUCGGAAUGACCAAGAUCCCCGUCAUAGAGAACCCUCAGUACUUCAGGAGCACCAACAGUCUGCUCAAGACCGACACAUUCGUGCAGCACAUCAAGAGACACAACAUCGUGCUGAAGAGAGAGCUGGGAGAAGGAGCAUUUGGAAAAGUCUUUUUGGCUGAAUGUUACAACCUUUCACCUGACCAGGAGAAGAUACUUGUGGCCGUCAAGACACUCAAAGAGGCCAGUGAAAAUGCAAGGAAGGAUUUUCACCGAGAAGCAGAGCUGCUGACCAACCUGCAGCAUGAACACAUCGUCACCUUUUACGGAGUCUGCGUGGAAAGCGACCCCCUCAUCAUGGUGUUUGAGUACAUGAAACACGGAGACCUAAACAAGUUCCUCAGGGCUCACGGUCCAGAUGCAGUUCUGAUGGCAGAAGGCCAGACCACAAGACCAGUAGAGCUGACCCAGUCUCAGAUGCUGCACAUCGCUCAGCAGAUUGCUUCUGGAAUGGUCUACCUAGCAUCACAGCACUUUGUCCACCGUGACUUGGCCACAAGGAACUGCCUGGUGGGCGAGAACCUGCUGGUAAAAAUUGGAGACUUUGGGAUGUCCAGAGAUGUGUACAGCACUGACUACUACAGGGUAUGUGUUGGAGGUCACACCAUGCUGCCCAUCCGCUGGAUGCCUCCCGAAAGCAUCAUGUACAGGAAGUUCACAACGGAGAGUGACGUGUGGAGUCUAGGAGUCGUUCUUUGGGAAAUCUUCACCUAUGGAAAGCAGCCUUGGUACCAGCUCUCCAACAAUGAGGUGAUAGAGUGCAUAACUCAAGGUAGAGUGUUGCAGCGCCCUAGGACCUGUCCUAAAGAGGUGUACGACCUGAUGCUGGGAUGCUGGCAGCGAGAGCCGCACAUGAGACUCAACAUUAAAGAAAUCCACGGUCUGCUGCUAAAUCUGGCCAAAGCCUCACCCGUAUAUCUGGAUAUACUUGGCUGAACAAGAAGAGGGGACAAAAACAGAAUUUUAGAUGUGCGAUUAUUGAGUCGGAAAUGUGUAGAAAGUGUGCGUUUUGAGUUGAAUGCUGGUGUGCACCACUUUGUGCUUGUCAGUGCGUGGAAGGUGCGAAGAUGCAGGAAUUUCUUCAAGGUAAUCAAAAAAAUUGUCCUUAAUCACUUCCCCCCGCCCAGCCAAUUUCCUCUCCUAUCUGCAUUCCAUCCCCUUCCUUCCUCACCGAAGAAACAUUGAUGAGAGGUGGUUUAACUUCAGAGGGGAAAAAUAGCUUCUCCCUUCUUUUCAAAUGCUUUAAACUCUCUGGGGCUAAAUUGAUAAAAAAAAAACAGAUUAACAGAACUUUAAAGUGACUUGCUGACCUCUCUUGCUGCAUAUUGGACCAUAGGACUCUUUUAACGCCCGGAAAUCUGAAGAAAAAGCAGCAAAAAGAGGAUCUUGUGAAUUUUUUUUUUUUUUUUGUUGUGUAAAUAAGAGACAUUGCUGGGAGAAAAUGGCUCUUUGAGGGGUUGAGCCAUCAAGGCACUGUGUUUUCCAACAGUACGUCCAUCCGUCUGAAAUGUGAACUCUUGUCUGCAUUCAGCAGUUCAACCACUGUUUUUGUUGCAUAGUACUCUACAUACGCCUGGACCGCACCGUCACACAGCAGAGGGUAACAUGAUGACUGCUUCCCUUGACCCCCGAAAGUGACAGAUGCUUCCCUUGUGAUGUCAAGCAUUCAAGUCGGAAGGUCAAUUGAUUAAUUUAUCCACAGCUGUCCAACAAUUAUGAGCUUGUAUGGUUGGGGGGUGGUGAGAGUGGGGGGUUGGCUAGUUUUUAAGCGGUCAGAGUUUGGUCAGAUGUGUGGGUGGCUGCACCAUAGAAGGUGUGGUUCGUUUGGUCAACCCAUAUUAAAUCAUCAAAGCUCUCAGCACUCAGGCAUCCUUGAAAACCACAUCUGCGCUGGAGGGGGACACACAUGCGAAGCACACACACACUGUAUACCUUAUCCCGUCACCCCCCCAACUCACACACACACUCCCACUUACUGAAAGACUCAAAAUGGACCGAGAAGGAAAUUGAAUUGUACAUGUUUUAUUAUUUGAGCGGGGCAGUGUUUUAGCCAGGCCCCGUCCUCUGUAAUGGUGUAAUGUAUAUUUCAUUAUAGCCUAAUGGGCUCCAUUAGCACAGUCUCCUCACAGACAUUCAAGACUUAUUGUUUUAUGGCUGAGAAGGAUAGAUAGAGGAAUGGAUAGUGGAGGUGAAUGGGAAGAAAAUGAGAAAAAAAGAAGAGUGGCGCAGCACAAGGGGCGAUGAUGAGGAGGAAUAUGAGCAGAGGUAAUAAUGCACAUUUAGAAGAAGUGGGAAGGAAGAGUGGAAGCAAUGGAAGGGAGACAGCAGAAAGGUACAAAUGGAUCGGCGAGUUUAAGAGGAAGAGAGGCGUGAGUGUCCUCCAGGAGGAAGUCAGAGGCAACAUCCAUCACUCCUGCAGCCAGCAGACGUUCUACAAGCUUCACCUCUCGUCUCAUUCCUUAGGUGGCCCUAAACCGCACACACCGCAUACAUUUUACUGGCAGUCCAGCAACAGCUCUCAUUGAAAAUAAACUUAAUAAUGCACCACAUGUGUCCAUUAUUGAGAAGCACUUCACUCACUUACAAAACCACUCAUUCCUGCACAAAAACUGUAACUGUAUAUACAGCUACAUGCAUGCAAUGGCAAAAAAACAAAACAAACAAAAAAAAAAACACAUUUAAUGUUUGGUUUAGCAUUUUACUGAUGCAUAUUUUAUUCUUCACAUAACUAUUAAAAACUCAUCUCUGCGGUUUUGCUAACAACCUUUUUAAUUCAAUGUAAACCAUCAAUCUGGAAUUAUUGGUCUUAUUUAAAGCAGCACCUGAUGGUAUCGAUGUUUGUGAGUUGGGAAAUGUUGAUUUUAUUGAUUUAUAAUAUUAUUUAUAACUUAAGAUGCAUUUUGUACAUUUCUUUCUAUAUACAAGGUUGCCUUUCGCAACACAAAGCUGACUGAAACGGAACCCCGGUUUAGUCGGUUAUGUUUUUUGCCGAUGUGUAAUAUAAUCUUUAGUGUGUGUGCAUUUUUAUGUCACGCUCCCUCUUAACAACUACCAAGCCUGUCCUCACGUGCAGGCUGCUCUACAACAUGAUUGGACAUAUCAUCGGUCUGUCACGUUUGUGGAAUCAGUUCGACACACUGCAAAACUAUUAUCACCUGUCAGAGAAUAAAUCUGAGGGGUUUUGGCAGCCGCAUUGACAGCAAAUGCUAACAAGGUUCUCGGGAUCCAUCCAUGCUGUAAAGUCUUAGAGCUUGCACUGAGUGAGCACACUCAAUCCUGCUUCACAGAAGUUGCCACACAUUAUCUCUGUGCAAUAACAGAGGGCUUUUGACGUGCAAGGGCCUGUGGGAGUUUGAUCAAACUGUGAGAACAAACACCAAGGAGCACCUCCACUAAGAGUAGCGUGUGUCGCAGCAGCUCCCCUGCUGGCGACACUGUGCAUGUACCUGCUGUGUUUUCUUAAUACGUGUCGAUUUGGUGGUGUUUUGUGAAAGAGGUGGAGAAAGAAUUAUAAUUUAACACAGGUCUCUUUGCAUUUUUGCAAUCGAUUAAAGGUGCAAGUAAUCAAGGAGAAAAUGAAGACUUGAAGGUAAAACAAUAACUGCUGUGCAAAAAGCAAACUUAGACAAGGAGGGACUGACAAUCACAGACUUCUCUUUUUUUCUCCUAAUCAAGUGACCUACUGUAUAAUAGACUAUUCAACCAACUUUCCUCUUCUAUGCUGCCUAUGCUGUAUGUGAUAGUCUUUAACUCUGGUCUUUAGAAGUGCUACUUCUUUUCUUUAACCUGUUUUUGUAAAAUGAAAUAACAGCAAGAGGAAUGAACAAAAAUACCUGUAAAAAAAUGUUAAUAAGCUGCCGGAAGAAAGAGGCAUUCUUACCUGCUGUUUCUCAGACUGUGUUGGUUAAUUGUAUUGUUUUUCCUUUUUCCGUCUUCUAACCGGGCAGAGGGAUGUGAAGCGUUGUGGGACUCAGUGGAUGCACAAAAUGACGUACGGCAACCUCCAGGGUGCUGAGCAAUGUUUGCUCAUUCCAUUGGGACUGUGUUUGUGUGUUUGUGUGUGCGUUUGCACACGUGGGGUUGUAUGAAAAGUGUUGAUUGAUGCUGGAUGGAGUCCUGGGGGAUAUCUGUGGGAUCUUGUUCAGAUUUUAGCCGAAUUGUUCCGAAUACUGGAAACACACACGUCGCAACUUUGAAUGCGCUAUGAUUCCCCCCACACCCCCCAGAGCCCUCCCAUCAGAGUCGGAGUUAAUAGAGCUGAAAUACUGCAAAGGUCAUGUUUGAGAUUGCAUUUGUGCUUCGAUGCCUCUGGAACUCCGAACCCUUCAAGAGUUCGACAAAAUCUGCUUCACUGCAAGAAGAUAAAGGAAAAUAUGAAACUGUGAUUUUUCUCUUGUAUAUUUAAUGCUUUUACGUUCUUUUUUACAUUUUUUUCUUUAAGUGUGGGGCUUUUUAAUCAAUUAAAUUUGCCUUUCCCAGUGGUGUAGAGGCUGACAACCAGCUGAAAAUAGGGUGACAGUUGAACGUUUCAUGCAUGAAGCAAACAAUUCUAUCAAUAUUCUGGAAAUCUGUUUUGGAGGGAAAAAAAGACGAUUUGGGUUUUUUUUGCUUCUGUUCCUUUAAUGUUUUGGGAAAAGUACAAACAUGUAACACUUCUGUAAGAAAGAGAUGCUAAAAUGUUAUUUCAUUGCUUACAAAAAUGCUCUUUGACGUUUUAAUAAACAUCUGUAUUGCAAAGCACAUAUGGCAAUUAAAUGCUGGACAUACUCUAACCCAUGCAGCUAACGUUUGUCUUUGCAAGCAGGUUGUUGUGUAUUCAAGGACAGCAAAACCUAUGACGUCAUCUGUGCACAAAAACACACACAAACACACACAGGAAGAGCUUGUACAGUCAAGACAUUGCAUGGUGGAAAUAGCCAUAGUGAGUCAUGAUGGUACUGAUGAUGAACAUAUGACUUUUCUUUUGAAGGUGAAGCAGUUUGUUGUAAUACCAUGUAAUGAAUAAAAAUGUUAUGUCACGUCCAAGUUCCUACAUGUCAAUAUA